UCUGCUCGCGAGUUUUUCGGCCCAAUGCGGCCGCCGUAGCGAGGGUGGCAAGAUGGCGGCCUCCGUGUUUGCUGGCGCUGUGCGAGCAGCUUCAGGAAUCUUACGGCCCCUGAGUAUUUUGGCUUCUUCAGCCUAUCGAAAUUGUGCCCAGAAUGCCUGUCUGUCUUCUGCACUGUCCACCAGACAUCUCAGUCACAUUCAGACACCAGUUGUCUCCUCUGCUCCGAGAUUUCUCACGGCUCUUCAAGACCUGACACGUGGCCAUACGGCAAUGAUCCUUAACAGAGUGGCACCCUUGCUUCCGGAUGUCCUGAAGCUGCCCCCAGUCAGAACUGUAACUUACGUCAGUACACGAAAAGGCAAGAGGAAGACUGUGAAGGCUGUCAUCUACAGGUUUCUUCGGCUUCAUUCUGGCCUUUGGCUAAGGAGAAAGGCUGGUUAUAAGAAAAAAUUAUGGAAAAAGGACAACGCAAGAAAAAAACGCUUGAGGGAAUUUGUGUUCUGCAAUAAAACCCAGAGCAAGCUCUUAGAUAAAAUGACAACAUCUUUCUGGAAGAGGCGAAACUGGUACGCUGAUGACCCUUACCAGAAGUACCACGAUCGAACGAACCUGAAAGUAUAGGCCUGCAGUUUCACAGUUUCACAGUGAUUAUGUGUCUUUGUGUACAUGUCUUUGCAAAAAUGAGUGAGUAUGAAACUUUAUGUAAAUUGUACCUUCCAUCGGAUAUGUAAACAUACAGUACCAACAUUAAGUUUAUGGAAGUUUUAAAACGUACUGGAUUAAACAUUCCCAAAUUUGGCCAGAGAAAUCGAA